AUGAUUUUAGAGUCCGAGAGCACACAGAACCAGUGGGAGAAGCCAGCGUCAGAAACAUCCCAGCCGGCAGCAACCUCACAACCCUGGACUCCAGCAGUGCCAGACAAAUUAUUUGAUCUGGGCCAGAACUCUUCAACCACGUCCUCUUUCACUCAGUUCAAAGUUUUGAAGCAGUGGGGACAAAAGAAACACCAAUUGAACUCCCUACAUGAGAACACUGGUGAAUUGAUGUCCAGGCUCGGUGAGCUGGCUGUA